AUGAGUCAAAGCUCAAGUGAACUUAUUCCAGAUAUCAAAAGCAUCGAUAUAUGCAGUGAAACUGACAAUGUAUCAAGCCAGUGUAGUGAAGUUGCAGAUGAAAUUAAGAAAUUAAAUGUUGAAAGUAAAGAAUCGGAAGAAUCUUCAAGCAAUUCUUCAGAGCAUGAAAAGUCAUCAUCAAGCUGCUCCGAUCCAACAUCAACGACUUCAUCUUCCUCAUCAGAAUGUCAACCAACUCAAAUUAAACGAAAACGAAAAAGAAAGAGACCUCGUAAAAGAAAAAUAAUUGCUGCAUAUGAAGUACCCAAACCAUUCACCGAUCGAUACAAAAGAAUUAAAAUUUCUAUGGGAUCAAGUCUACCUAAAAUCCAUAUAAGAUUUGAUGACGAAGGUCUUCUUGAUAAAGCGACGUCAGAAUUUAAUUUGAAACCACGAGUUAUACAUGCUUUGUCAGUUAAUCUACAAAUUCACGAAGACUUUAAUGUUAAGAAAACAGGAACAGAAAUUAUAGAAGAAAAACUUACUCGAAAAUCUGUGGAAAAACCUCAAAAUUAUAAUUCUGUAAUAUAUUUGAAGCCAAGAAUAAUAAAAGCUAUAAUUCUGGGAUAA